AUGGAUAAACCUGGCGCAGAACUCAUCUCUAGCGUCGCCUUCGGCAUCAUAGCGGCACUAUUGGCUCUGGUCGGUAUCUAUCAAGGUGCAAGGCACUGGGCAUGCUGUAGCCAUCGACAACCAGGGCAGGACAGCAACGGUACCGACAGCGAGACAGCCAUUGCCAUGCCAAAUGACACUACCAGCAGGAUGGAGCUCUCUCCGGCUUCUCCUGCACUAAAUGGCAACACCUUUUGCACCACCACCGACACUGCUCACCCCCAUACGGUGACUGAUGAUCACGUUGCUGUCGAUAACGACCUCGCUUUGCAUAGCGCCGCCGCGAACGAAGUCACUGCGGAGAAUGCUAGCCGGCCACUGAGCUUGGUCAUCGCUGUUGCUCGCUGCGCGGAUGGUUCGCAUGCCGACUCGAGCGAUGCGAACACAUAA